AUGUUAUCAAGUGGAUCAAAAUCAUCAUCGAAAACUCCUAUCUUAUUCGAUAUUAGAAUAAGAAACACAGAUAAUACAGAUAAUGUAUUGAUUGUUAAAGGUGAUCCAGAAAAUGCGUCAUCUGUAUUAUUAUCAGGUGUUGUAGUUUUAUCAGUCUUACAACCAAUUCAAAUUAAAAAUUUAAGACUUUAUUUAACUGGUAAACUUUUACUUAAUUUACCAUCUACUGUUAAUAAUCCAAAUUCAACACUACAAAGAUUUGUUAAAUUUGAAAAAUUAUUUUUCACUCAUAAUUGGGAUAAUUUUAAUAUUGAAUCAUAUUUUGAUAAUCUUUACGAUAAUUAUAAUAUCAAAAAUUCAAUUAAUAGUAAAUCUUCAACAAAUAUUGUUGGAAUGCAAAAGAAAAGAUUAAGAAGUAAAUCAAAUAGUUCAAUUCUUUCGUUAGGUGGUUAUUCAUCAUCGUCAUCAAAUAAUAGUUAUCGUACUUUAAUGCAAGGUAAUUAUGAGUUUCCUUUCAGUGCUAUUUUACCUGGUUCAAUGACUGAAAGUAUAGAAGGUUUAAAAAAUGCAGCUGUUGUUUAUAAAUUACAAGCUACUGUGGAAAGACCCAAACUACCAGAUUUAGUAUGUACAAAACAUUUAAGAGUCAUACGGACAUUAUCUUCUGAUGCUGUAGAGUUAUCAGAAAGUACAGCUAUUGAUAAUUCAUGGCCAAAAAAAGUAGAAUAUUCAAUUUCGAUACCUGCAAAAGCUAUUGCAAUUGGUUCAUCAACCCCUAUUGAUAUGAGUUUUGUUCCAAUAUUAAAAGGUUUGAAAUUAGGGCCAGUGAAAAUUUAUUUAAUUGAAACCGUUCAAUGUUCAGGAGGUCAUCGUGGUAGUUUUAAUGAAGAUAGAGUAAUUACAAGAUUAAAGAUAAAGGAUCCAAUAGGUCAUGUUAAGUUACGUAAAUUGAAGAAACAACAACAUUUAAUUAAUAAUGAUGAAGAAUCAUUAGAAGAUGAAACUUUUCAAGAUAGAUGGAAUUUUGAAACUGUUUUAAAUAUUCCUUCAGAUCUCUCCAAAUGUUCACAGGAUGCUGUUAUUCUAAGUAAUAUUAAAUUACGUCAUAAAUUAAAAUUUGUUGUUUCUUUAAUUAAUCCAGACGGUCAUAUUUCAGAAUUACGUGCAUCUUUACCAAUUCAAUUAUUUAUAUCACCAUUUGUUGCAGUCUCGUGUAAAUCAUCUGAAGCAAUUGAAAGAUGUAUUAAAAAUUUUGGUAAACCUAUACCUAUAAAUCCUAAACAUGAAGAUACUGGUAUUGGCUCGACAAGAGAAUCUAUUGCUAGUCUUUCAUCCAAUAGUAGUGGAAGUGAUAAUGAACAAGGAAAUUUAUUAUUUGCAAAAAAUUAUUCAGAAGUUGAACUGCAGGCAGGAACACUGCAGAAUAAUGUUGUUGCUCCUUUCCUUGUAUCAAAUUUAAUGACACCACCAAACUAUGGUAAUCAUGUUUAUGAUAGGCUUUAUGCUGUGGAUGAAAAUGGUUCCGGUACUGUCACGCCAAGAAGUAAUAGUCCAGUUCCAUCAGUAUCAAAUCCUUUACCAAGAGUAGGGUCAUUACCAAAUAAUGUUUUACAUAUGGCCCAAUUUGAACAUCCUUCUCCCCAAUUAAAUGGUAGUAGAUCGAAUUCUAAUAGAAGUAGUACCAGAGAUAGUCCCAUUAAUGAUAGUUUUGCAUUGGAAAGUCCUAUUGCUGUUCCAACCUUAAGUGGCGUAAAUCUAGCUGGUAUUGGAUUACAAAUUAGUCGAGCACCUACCCCUGUCGAUUUUGUUGCAGGGCAAACAUCUUCUCAUAAUGAUUCUACAUAUCCUGCUUCUCCUUCAGUUAAUUCUGAUUGGAAAUUAAAUUCGUUGAGUAGAGUUCCCUCUUAUACAAAGGCAGUUAAUUCAGAUAUCAUAGGAGAUGAUCUUCCACCAAGUUACCCAACUGGUUCAGAACCUAAAUUACAAAGGCUAUCUCUCGAAAGACCUCAGAGUGCUCGUCAACGGUCUUCGUCAUUUUUAGGUGUGUCAAGUAAUCGAUUGAGAUCUUCUAGUGUUUUAAGCAGAAGUAAUAACAGUUCAAAUACGUCAUUGCAUGCAAUGAUAGCAAAUGAUUCACACUUAAGGUUAUCCGGUAUAGAUAACUCUACACCAAAGAAUACUGCAAAUAAGGUCUUUUCAUUUAAUAUGACACCAGUUCAAUCAGAUCAAGUGGCUUUCGCUGCUGAUGAUAGGAACGGUGCAGAAGAUUCUAAUUCACCAUAUAUGCAACAAGUUGAAUCAUUCAAGAUAAACAGAUCAAGGAACGGUAGUUUCAAUAAAAAGAAUUCGUCGUUCUCUAAUUUUCUAGAUUUAUUUUCAAGAAAUGAAUCUGGUACAUACUAA